UUCCGCCAAAUUACCGACGCCAAAUACAGAAGAGGAAAAGAGAAGCGAAAGGUGCAAAGCAGAGAGUAAAAAGCCAAGCGAAAAAAAAGGCGGCUGCAAACAAACCAAGCUAGUUUAAUUUUUCCUGGCUCUCGGUGUAAACAAAACAGCCUCCAAAAUUAUUAAGAACGCGCAACCAGCGGGCCGCAAGUCGCUGACUAAGAUGGCAAUUCAACUGGACAAGAUUCUGCAGGACAUCGCCAAGGAGAAGGUGCUGCAUCCAAACAAUGGCGGCUCCAGCAAGCAGGAGCAGGAAGAGGCGUGGGCAAGGAUCGGACGCCUCAACAAGCUGUCCGUGCACGAGUCGCGCUCCAUCUUCAUCGUGCUGCAAAAGAAGUAUGAGCAGGAGAAGCUCAAAGGGAACUCGGCGUGGAAGCUGUUUGGCCUGAUGCACCAGAUCCACCAGGAGCCAAAGGUCACAGUCAAAGAGGAAGAAGAUCAGGGGCCCAUGGACGAGGUAGAGGAGUACGAGAUGCUGGAGGUGCAGGAGCCGGAGGAGGACGAGGACGCCAACCAGUUCGGACAGCCGGCCAACUCCACCGGAUCGGCCUCCUCCGAUGGCGAGAGCCCCACAAAGUCGCACAGCACCGGCUCGCCGGACAAGGAUGAGCGGGUGUACUCCAAGCCCAACGUGGACACCCCCCGCCCGGCCUUCGAGGAGAAGAAGCUGCUCAACACGCUGGCCAACAACACAACGCGCUCCACGACGAACAGCUCGCUGUCCGCCGCUGCAGCAGUGCUCCAAAAGAAGGGAAUUACUGUUAAGAAGACGCCCUCUGCAGCAGGAGCUGCGCCAAAAUCCACGUCCGGUCAGCAGGCACCAUCUAGUGGCUUGAGAUCCGGCUCUUCGCGCACCACCAUCCAACUGCCAGAUUCCCUGAAGCGCAAACUCUCCGAGGAGUACACUUCCUCCUCUACACACAAAAAACAGUCUAAGACAACGAGCCCCAAACAGACAGCUCCGCCUGCAACCGCCACUCCACCGAUGGUCAGCGUUCCAGAUAACCUGCCGGCCGCCACUGUGGUGCACACAACCACUGCCCAGCUGAUGCAGGUAAAGAAGGAGCGGGAGGACAACCAGACACCGCCGCCGGGCAUCAACAUCAUAACCAUUCCGGCGUCGCAACAGCUCAACGGCGGCGGCGUUGGGGGACCCACAUCAUCGACGGCCGCCACCAUUGCUUCCACCUCAGUGGCCUCCACAAACGGCUUCUCGCCGCACAUCGAGGAGCUGGACUUCAAGAACGACAUAAUCUUUGACUCGAAGAUCAACGCCGGCUCCUCUAACACACCCGAGAUUAUCAACCUUGGCAACUUCGACAAUUCGCUGCCGCCGACCUUCUUCAAGAAUCUUUGCAACUCGUCGCGGCACGAGUCGCUCGGGCUGUACGUGGCCAAUGUGAUGAACCGACUCUCUUCGCGUGCCUCCGCCAAGCUGGAGCUGGGCAUAUUGCGCGCCAUUCUCGAUGUACAGAGCGACGAAUUGGAGCAGUAGCCAGACUGAUACUCGCAGUUUAAAUGAUUACUCAGCUUACAUAUUAGACAAACUCGAAGAUAGUUAUGUAGACCUGCCUAGACCCUUUCACCUGGUUACUGUAUUAUUUUCUUUGAGUUUAAACGUCUGCGUUGCGGUGAUGCACAUCGUAUUAACAUACUGUUCAACUCGUUAUGGUUGAACAUAACGAUUUGGGAAACAAUUUUUGGGCGACUCUGUGCAUGUCAUGACGCUGAAGAUUAAAUGUAAUUGUAAGUUUGAAAUUUUAGCCACGGUUAUGGCGAAUUCGCAUGUCCCUAGCUUAAGGUCCAAUGUGUCACUUGAUUUAAAAAUACGUUCAUAUGCAAAUAAAGCUACAUAACUUACUUGAA